CCAAACGUGACCCAAUUCGAUCAUAGACUCGUAAGCCUCUCUCCCACCUAACCAGCCACCGAACCCAUCUUGCCUCGUAAUAAUCACACGUCCGCCGCCCAAUUGUACCUGUCGUAGUCGUCGCUGUAGCAUGGCUUGUGUUAGCUUCGCCAAGCUAAACGCCGCAUCGUCCCAAUGGAUCGGGGGCCAGCAGUCUUUCGCUCAACGCCCCGGAUCGUCAACUCGACUCGCCACUCGCAGAGUCUCCGUCCCGAUCCGUGCUGGCGCUUACACCGACGAACUCAUCCAAACCGCCAAAGCUAUUGCAUCACCUGGUCGCGGAAUCCUAGCAAUAGAUGAAUCAAAUGCUACCUGUGGGAAGAGAUUAUCUUCUAUUGGCCUAGACAAUACUGAGCCCAACCGCCAGGCUUACAGACAACUGCUGCUCACAACUCCUGGCCUUGGUGAAUAUAUUUCGGGUGCCAUUCUUUUCGAGGAAACACUUUAUCAGUCAACAAUAGGUGGGAAGAAGUUUGUAGAUUGCUUGCGUGAGCAGAAAAUUGUGCCUGGCAUCAAAGUUGAUAAGGGAUUGGUUCCUCUUCCAGGAUCAAACAACGAAUCUUGGUGCCAAGGCUUGGAUGGAUUGUCGUCGAGAUCUGCUGAGUACUACAAACAAGGUGCUCGGUUUGCCAAGUGGAGGACAGUUGUUAGCAUUCCCUGUGGUCCUUCUGCUUUGGCUGUAAAGGAAGCUGCAUGGGGACUUGCACGUUAUGCUGCCAUUUCUCAGGACAAUGGUCUCGUACCAAUAGUGGAACCUGAGAUUCUUCUUGAUGGUGACCACCCUAUUGAGAGGACCCUUGAAGUAGCUGAGAAAGUCUGGGCAGAAGUCUUUUACUACUUGGCUGAGAACAAUGUUAUGUUUGAGGGCAUCUUACUUAAGCCCAGCAUGGUAACUCCAGGGGCUGAACACAAGGAGAAGGCUUCUCCAGACACUAUUGCCAAAUAUACACUCACAAUGCUCAGAAGGAGAGUUCCACCGGCUGUUCCAGGAAUCAUGUUUUUGUCUGGAGGACAGUCUGAGGUGGAAGCCACGUUGAACUUGAAUGCAAUGAACCAGAGCCCCAACCCAUGGCAUGUUUCUUUCUCCUACGCACGUGCAUUGCAGAACACUGUGCUUAAGACAUGGCAAGGACGUCCUGAGAAUGUUGAAGCUGCACAGACGGCUCUUUUGGUGCGCGCAAAGGCAAACUCACUGGCUCAGCUUGGAAAAUACGCUGCUGAGGGUGAAAGUGAGGAAGCUAAGAAAGGAAUGUUUGUCGAGGGCUACACCUACUAAGCCAAAAGUUUGGGCAACUCAACAUCUUUUUUCGGCAUCGACCGAUGUGUAAUUUUCUGUUUUUAAAUUAUUCUUGUUAGCUAUGAUUCUGAGUGUCAGGAUACCUACCGAUAGAUAAGUUCUUACAUUUUAUUAUCACACCUCCUGAGACUAGAGAGAUUGAAUAAAAUACUUGCGAGAGUAGAAAUUUUCGGACAACAGCAACUUUGAAACAGUUGGGAGAACAUGUUGUAUUUCUACGAUCUUAAGUUAUUGUCCUUGAAAUUCUAUGAAUCUGUUUCUCCUAA